AUGUCAGAUCAAGUUUUGUACGUCUCAAUCCUCAUCGGCUUGUUAUUCCUGUAUAGGUUAGCAAACUCGACGGAUAAGCCCAAGAUCAAAGGUAUUCCUGAGAUUCCUGGUGUACCACUUUUUGGAAAUCUAUUCCAGUUAGGAACGGAUCAUGCGAGGGUUGCGCAGAAAUGGGUUGCAAAGUAUGGUCCAGUCUUUCAGACACGACUUGGCAAUAAGCGCGUCGUCUACGUCAACUCUUACGAUGCUGUCAAGCAUUUCUGGAUCACUCACCAGUCAGCGCUGAUCUCCCGCCCCAUGUUCCACACAUUCCACUCAGUAGUCUCAACAUCUCAGGGUUUUACCAUCGGCACCUCGCCUUGGGACGAGUCCUGCAAGAACCGCCGAAAGGCUGCCGCCACUGCUCUGAACCGUCCUGCCACCCAAUCUUACAUGCCAAUUCUUGACCUCGAGUCUCUUGUCAGCAUUAAGGAGCUCCUGGAUGAUUGUCAGAAGGGAAACAAAGACUUGGAUCCGUCGCCCUACUUUGCUCGUUUCGCACUCAACACAUCUUUGACGCUCAACUACGGAUUUCGCAUUGAUGGGGACGUGAACAGUGAGCUACUCCAUGAAAUUACACAUGUGGAGCGGGAAAUCUCCAACUUCAGGUCCACAAGCAACAACUGGCAAGACUACGUACCUUUACUGCGAAUUUGGGGAGCACAGAACAACUCAGCUGGAGAAUUCCGUGCGAGACGUGAUAAGUAUCUUACUGAUCUCCUCAACAAUUUGAAGAGCCGCAUCGCUGAGGGAACCGACAAACCAUGUAUCACCGGCAAUAUCCUCAAGGACCCAGAAGCAAAAUUGAACGAAGCUGAAAUUAAAUCCAUUUGCUUAACAAUGGUUUCUGCAGGAUUGGACACCGUUCCUGGCAAUUUGGUCAUGGGUCUUGCGUAUCUGGCAACGGCUCACGGCCAAGAGAUCCAAGCCAAGGCUCUAGAAGAAAUCUACAAGGUCUAUCCCAAUGGCGAAGCAUGGGAGAAGUGCCUGGUGGAGGAGAAAGUACCCUAUAUCACCGCUCUUGUCAAGGAAAUUCUGCGAUUCUGGACGGUUAUCCCGAUUUGUCUUCCGCGGGUUAAUAUCAAGGAUAUCCCGUACAAGGGUGCAACAAUUCCCGCCGGGACCACAUUCUUCAUGAAUGCCUACGCCGCAGACUACGAUGAAGCGCGAUUCGCUAAUCCUCAUGAAUUCAAUCCUGAACGAUAUAUCAAUGACAAGGAAAUUGGUACACCUCACUACGCUUACGGUGCCGGAUCUCGAAUGUGCGCAGGCUCUCACCUGGCCAAUCGCGAACUUUACACAGCCUUCAUCCGUCUCAUCACAGCUUUUGAGAUCGUUCCACCCAGAGACAAGAAGGACAUGGCAAUCAUGGAUGCGAUUGAAUGCAACGCGGUGCCCACAUCCCUUACCACUGAUCCCAAGCCUUUCAAGGUCGGAUUGAAAGCAAGAUCCGAAUCGAGAUUGCGAGAGUGGAUCGCAGCCGCGGAAGAACGAACCAAGGACUUGAGAUGA